AUGACCGAUUCAGUGGCCGAUUUGAUUAUAUAUAUUCGGUCACUGAUUCGGUCAUCGAAUCGAUCAUCGAAUCGGUCACUAAAAUCAGUGACCAAGGAAAUAGUGACCAAUUUCAAAGGAGCAAAAACAAAAGCUGUUUACAAAAUUAGGAAACACAUAGGAGAGACCAAAGCACCAAAAAAAGAGUGA